GAUCGCGACUCUGACCCCCCCAACCUUCGCCAGCAACGUUUGAACGUGAGUAUCGACUUUUGGCGCAUAUCUGCAUCAGUUCUCGUGUAUGUAGCCUCACCGCUGUCCAUGGAUACCUCACUUGUCGUACUGGAUGGACGGAUUGACAUGGAUGCACUAAUUUUGAUCUGGAUGCACUUUUGAUUUGGAAUCUUCCUCGUUCGCUGACUGAACACGUUUUUGUCCAGUAUGGGUCGCGUCAUUCGUGCUCAGAGGCGAUCUCACGCCAUCUUCAAAGCCCACACCCACCACAACAAAGCACCCGCACGUAUACGCACCCUUGAUUAUGCUGAGCGUAAUGGGUACAUUCGUGGACUUGUAAAGGAAAUCAUUCAUGAUCCUGGUCGGGGAGCUCCUCUUGCCCGUGUCGUUUUCCGCGAUCCUUACCGAUACAAACUCCGAACUGAAACAUUCAUUGCCACCGAGGGUAUCCACACCGGCGCUUACGUUUACUGCGGAAAGAAGGCGACUCUCUCCGUAGGGAAUAUCCUUCCUGUGGGCAACCUGCCCGAGGGUAUCGUUAUUUGCAACGUAGAGGCCAGGCCAGGUGAUCGCGGUACGCUCGCCAGAACAUCGGGCAACUAUGCUACAGUCAUUGGUCACAACGUUGAUGAUCAAAAGACCCGUAUUCGCUUGCCGAGUGGUGCCAAGAAAACUAUUUCCAGCCGGGCUCGUGCAACUAUUGGCAUUGUUGCAGGUGGCGGACGUAUCGACAAGCCAUUAUUGAAAGCAGGGCGGGCCUACUACAAAUAUAAAGCUAAACGCUACACUUGGCCUCGCACUCGUGGUGUUGCCAUGAACCCGGUUGAUCACCCUCAUGGUGGUGGUAACCACCAGCACAUUGGAAAAGCCUCGACAGUACCAAGAAGCGCAGUUCCUGGUCAGAAAGUCGGUCUCAUUGCCGCUCGCAGGACUGGUCUGCUUCGUGGUACGAGCAAGAAGAAGGAUCACUGAGCUUAUCGUAUUCCGCGUUAUUUUUCCUAUGGCCCACAUUGGUGUAU